AUGGGCAAGUCAAGCAAGAAGGCGGCCGCCGUGGGCGCGGCGCCGGUGCCGGUGCCCAAGGGGAAGAAGCGGGAUGCGGAGGAUGAGAUCGAGAAGGCGGUGAGCGCGAAGAAGCAGAAGGCGGCGCCACCGGCGAAGGCCGUGGUGCCGUCCAAGAAGGACGCCAAGAAGGCAAAGAAGCAGCUGCCCCCCAAGAAGGUUGAGAGCAGCAGCAGUGGCUCCGAAGAGGACUCCGAGUCCGAAGAGGAGAUUAAGGUACCAAAGAAGGCGCCUGCUGCUAAGAUCGCUAAACAAGAAUCCAGUGACGAUGACAGCAGCGACGCGACCUCUGAAUCUGAUGAGGAACCUGCAAAGAAGCCUGCUGCUAAGCCUGCUGUUGCGAAAAAUGGUUCGAAGACAGGCAAGAAAGAGAGCAGCAGUGAUGAGGGCAGUGAAGAUGAGUUGGAUGAUGACGACGACGAUGAUGAACCUGCAAAGAAGGCUGCUGCUAAACCCUUGGGCGCUGUUGCCAAAAAUGGUUUGAAGAAAGGCAAGCAAGAAAGCAGCAGCGAUGAGGACAGUUCUGACGAUGAGUCAGAUGAUGAUGUUGAUGCAAGUAAAACUCAGCCUGCCAAGAGAGCUGCUUCAAAAAUGAAAGAUGAAUCAAGUGAUGACUCUGACACUGAUGAGGACGAGAAACCUCCCCAAAAGAAGCAGAAGGAAGCACCUUCAGCUGCAAAGAAUGGAAGCAGCAGUGAGGAUGAGGAUGGCAGUAGUGAGGAAAGUUCUGAUGAUGAGCGUACAAAAGUUGAACAAAAGAAGGCACCAAAAGCAUCAGCAAGCAGUGGAUCUGAGGAUGAAUCUUCUGAAGAUGAUAGUGAUGAAGACAGUGAAGAGCCUGCUAAUACUCCAAAGAAGGAAGCUCCUAUGCAUGCCUCUGAAAAGCAAACUGCUACCAAAGAAGUCACACAUUAUAUUGAACCUUUUUGCAGCAGGUGUUCUAAUACUAAUGUUUGCAGGAAAGAAUUUUUUAUGGAUGCUGGUGAGGUUGUUGAUGUUCGCUUUCCCACACAUGAGGAUGGCAAUCGUAAAGGAUUUUGCUAUGUUGAAUUUGUUUCAGCUGAGGCUGCUGAAAAGGCAUUUAAAGAGAAGCAAUCAAAAGAGUUGCAGGGUCGUGAAGUAAGACUUGACUUCGCUAAGGGAAGAAAUACACAAACUCCUCGCAGUGGCAAUGAUGGAUCUUUCCAGAAGCCAGUUCGGGGUAGCAGCAACUCGAUAUUUAUCCGGGGUUUCGAUAAAAAUCUUGCAGAGGAUGAGAUCCGAAGCGCUCUCCAACAACAUUUUGCUGAAUGUGGUGAUAUAACAAGGGUCUCUAUCCCGACUGAUUAUGAGUCUGGUGCAAUCAAAGGAAUGGCUUACAUGGACUUUAAGGAUCAGGAUUCAGUGUCCAAAGCCAUUGAGCUCAGUGGCUCUGACAUUGGUGGUGGCUAUGAGCUUUAUGUUGAUGAAGCCAAGCCAAAAGGCGAUGGCCAGCGUGGUGGUGGCAGAUUUGGUGACCGUUCUGGUGGCAGAUUCGGUUCCGGUGGCCGGCGUGGUGGCGGUGGCAGAUUUGGUGACCGAUCUGGGGGCAGGGAUGGUGGCGGCAGAUUUGGCGGACGACGUGGUGGUAGGGAUGGUGGCCGUGGACGUGGUGGCGGCGGCCGUGGCUUUGGUAACAGGCAGAGUGCUGGCACUCCUAGUGCAGGUAGGAUUCAUCCUGUACUUGUAAAGAUAACUGCAUUUUGGUUUGAGCAACAUUGGGCUGCGCUGCCAUACCUAUUGGCCAUGACUUACAAUUUUCUAACUGCUAAAGCUGCUUUGAGCUCACUGCAUACACAUCCUCUUAUUUGCACAGGAAAGAAGACCACUUUUGGUGAUGACUGA